AUACGUCAAAAUAAACAACGCCAUGGUCUUGUAUACAUUUUAAGGUUUUAUAAACUUGUCUAAUAGAUAACGUUUAAAACUCUCUCUAAAUAAACUCCGCUGUUGGUGUCAGCCUCUUGAGCUAUCCAGAGGUUGCCAUGGUAACAGUAAACAGGUAGAGAGUCGGGCGCACCGUGGGUUCCUCCGGUGAAACUCAACCGGCACCGGAGUUACUGUAAUACACCUGUUAGACCUCGGCAGUUUGUGUCUGACCAUGCCAUGAAGCAGAGCAAGAGAAAAUGUUCCCUUGAAGAAGAGAGCUGAUGGUAUUAUGGAGGCCACCAGGUCCAGACAGUUUGUCCAGCAGGGCCAGGACAGACACCAGGCACCAUGCCCAGACAGUGGACAAACAGCAGGCCCCUCCAAGCAUCAGAAGGUCACAGCUGUGGUCCAGCAACGCAACCUAGAUGAGGGGAAAAGCCUGCAAGCAACUACACCUCCUGAGGGCAAAGUUCGCCGCAGUUUUGUCAGCCCACCUGUUCUUAACCCAGAGAGACUGAGGGUAGCCAAAGCCUUUGCUGACAAAGCUGUCAAGAUGCAUAAGGUAUUCUCCAUCCAAGGCCCUUACCCUGUCAUCAGGGCAGGAUUGAGGGCCAGAGGCUGGAUUGAGCAGCGUACGCAACGCUCAAAGCACCAUGCCCCGCGUCGUCACAGUGAUGAGGGCAGGGCCACCUCUAAUGAUGCUGGUGACAGCGAUGACAAUGAUGACAAUGAAGAGCAGGACGCAGAUGGACUAUAUGAUCUCAUGUCUCGGCUGGUGCGGAAUGAAAUGGUUUAUUUCUACUGGACCAAUCGUAGAGAUGCCAUCAACAACAACAGCCUGCAGAAAGAACAGAUUACCAAUCAUUUCGCAAAAGCAGGCAGUUUCACCACCAAGGUGCAUUUAUAUUCUUUUCUUUCAGUUCUUAGAGAAAAACAAUCCUUUUCAGUGGUCUCCUGUCAAUAUUUGUCCUUAUUUUGUCAGGUGGGGUUGUGUGUGAACCUGAGGAACCUGCACUGGUUUGAUUCAGCCGACCCAGACACCUUCUUCCCCCGCUGUUACAGACUAGGAGCACAGGAUGAGAAGCAAGCUUUUAUCGAGGACUACAGGAGGACAGCCUGCACCAGUCUUUUGAAGUACAUUGUGGAGAGGGAGCGGGGUGUCCAGGGAGAGGGAAAGAGCCACAACAUUCAGGAUCAGAGAAAACGAAGAAAACGGCGAUCUAGACCAGUGGUGCUUUCCAAAAUGAUGGACAGCGCACUCAAAGUAUGCCAGAAGUACCUGGAGAGUAUAGAGCACAGAGACAUAGACACAAGCUUGGAGACACCACAAACACUUACAAAGGAGGAGUGGGCAGAGUUCAUUGACAGUUACAACCUCGUUGUUCAUGGCGGAGCAGAAAUUGAGAACAGUGAUCACUUUGUGACAUGCUGCAAAGCCAUGCUGCAGAGGCUGGCGGAGGUCAGUCCACAGCUGGACAUAGACGGCAUACACAACAUAUGGAUCAUCAAACCUGGAGCUAUGUCCAGGGGCAGAGGAAUCAAAUGCGCCAAGCGUCUGGAUCAGAUCCUCAGGCUGGUGGACUCUGAUCCAACUCUGAUCACGGAAAGCAAGUGGGUGGUGCAGAAGUACCUGGAGUGCCCCUUGCUGGUCCAUGGCACCAAAUUUGACCUGCGCCAGUGGUUCCUGGUGACUGACUGGAACCCUCUGACUGUGUGGUUCUAUAAGAAGUGCUACUUGCGCUUUUCUACGCAGCCUUACUCGCUAGAUACACUGGACAGCUCUGUCCACCUGUGCAAUAACUCUAUCCAGAGGCACCUGAGGCCCUCCAAACAGCGACAUCGAGGUAUCCCUGCAGACAAUAUGUGGUCGGAUGACCAGUUCAAGAGCUUUCUGUCCAGCCAGGGCCGGGAAGCUCAGUGGCACACUGUGGUAGUCCCGGGGAUGAAGAAGGCAGUGAUCCACGCAUUACAGACAACACAGGAUCUGAUGGAGUCACGCAAAAACACAUUUGAGCUCUACGGUGCUGACUUCAUGUUAGGUCGAAACCUGCUUCCAUGGCUGAUAGAAAUCAAUGCCAGUCCCACAAUGGCUCACUCCACCCCUGUGACAGCCCGCCUCUGCACUGCUGUGCAGGAAGACACACUACGGGUUGUCCUGGACCGGAGAGCAGACCGCACUGCAAACACCGGAGACUUUCAGCUCAUAUAUAGGCAGGCAGCAGUAGAAGUGCCACAGUAUGUAGGAGUCAACCUACUUGUUGAGGGCUUCAAGAUCAAAUGCCCCUGCCCCCUUCCUCCACUGGGGUCCCCCAACCGUUCAGCACAGAAACACAGAGGUCCCGUCAAGGAGAGGGAACUAGCUGCAGAUAAAGUGAAGCCUCUACCUAAGGUGUUGUUAAAGAGUGCCGAGUCUUCGCUCAAAAACGCUCAUGUUCCACCACCUCCUCUUCUUCCUCCUGAGCCGCCUGUGCCCGUCUCUAUCGAAACCUUCUUACCUCUCCUGCCAAUGACUGUGAGGUCCAUCCAUCUGCCCUUCAGUGCACAGCCUCACUCUGUAUUUUUGUGGAAGAGGAAAUCAAAGGAAACAAAAGUCUGCCAAGAGGAAGUCCAACCCUGCACCAUAGAGAAGCACCAAGGUCCUUCUCUGGAGAUUACUGUUCAAAAACAGUCUUUGCCAGCAGCCGCCAGCACCAUGACUGCCUAAAAAAACUUUCAAAAGAAGGUUUAUUAACCAAAUCAUUUACAUGCUCCUUCAGUUUGAACUCUCUGUUUGCAGGGUUGUCUGCCUACUUCAAUAUAAAGUCACAACUGAAUAAA